GUCCUUUUAGUCUCCUGCCACGAGAAGCCUCCCCGUCUUCCUCCUUGGCUCGCUUCCUCUUUUUUUUUGGGUUGCCCUCCCUGCACUAACUCUCCUCUCCCCUUCGGCUCCUGGCUCCUCCCUCCUGCAAACCAGGGUCUGCCUCCAAGAGCUGCCUGCCUCGUCGACCAUCUCUCUCUCCGUCGACGCUCUUCCUCCUCUGGACUCCGUUUCGAGUCCCACCCCCGUCUCCGCCAAAAAAAGGCUCCUCCACAAGCUAUUUAAUUGCGUCUGUCUUGACUGGUCAAGUUAGAUUCCCUCCCCUCUCUCACUUGCCUGCGCUUGCGCUCCUCCCAUUGUUUGCAACCGUUUUGGCUCCACCACUACCACCACCAGCCCUCGCUAGCUCUGCUAUAAUCCACCAUGGAGAUCCCUCCUGAAGCACGCAAGCGCAUUGGCGAGGUCGUCAACCAGUACAUUCGCAUCACCGAUGUCAUCGGCUGCGGCUCCUUCGCCGUCGUCUACCUCGUCGAACACAUCGACACCAGGGAACGCUUCGCCCUCAAGUGUCUCCGCAAGCUCGGCAUGACCCAAGCCCAGCUUGAGACCCAGCGAAGAGAAGCCAACAUCAUGCAAAUCCUCAACAGCCACGAUAACAUUGUGGCCAUCUACGACAUCUUCGAGACCCCCGAGUAUCUCUACCUCCUCCUCGAGUGCUGCGACAUGGACCUCUACGAGGCCAUCACCCGCCAGGGCGGCUUUCCCGAGGACGUCGUCAAGGAGGUCUUCCUGCAGCUGGUCGAUGCCCUGGGCUACUGCCACUCCAAGGGCAUCUACCACCGCGAUCUCAAGCCCGAAAACGUCCUGAUCUCGAGAGACUUUUCCAUCAAGCUAACCGACUUUGGUCUCUCGACCUUCGAGCCCUGGUCCACUGAAAUAGGCACGUUUGCGCUCCGCUGUGGCUCCGUCCGGUACAUGGCCCCCGAGUGCCUCGGCACCAACGGCUCCCGCGGCUACGACCCCGCCAGCAAUGACGUCUGGGGCCUCGGCGUCAUUCUCAUCAACCUCCUCUUCGGCAAGAACCCCUGGCACGAGGCCUCGCCCACCGACCCCAUCUUCAGCGCCUACGUCGGCAACAACCCGCACAUCUUGACCCAACAGUUUCAGCUGACCCCCGAGUUUGACCACGUCCUGCGGCGAGUAUUCGAUACCAACCCCGCCACCCGUGCCCGCCUUGGCGAGCUCCAGAAGAUGAUCAACCACCUGGACUACUUUGUCGAGCCCUUUCCCGUC